UAACUUAAACUUUAUUUAUUUAUUUUUGUUCCAAACCGUUGUGUCCCCCAAAAGUUGUCCAUUAUCAUCAUGUUCAUAGUUGAUAAUAAUAUUCAUAGUUUCCUUCAUUGAAUUAAAAAAAAAAAAAUGAAGUGCUUUUCAACUUGUUUUCGUACUAAUUCCAAUCAUAAGAAAAUCAGCAUAAAAUCAUGUAGUACUACUACCAAGAUUAAUAGCAUCUCCCCUCAAGCUCUCCAGGAUUUGCUCGAGACUUGCGAAAAUGGUAACAAAGAUGAAGCUCAGGACGAGGAGAUUGUGAAAUCCAUUACCCUCAUUGAAAAAUCGAAAGAUAUAAGUAGCAGAGAGAAUUUUCUUGAGUUCGAAGAAAAUGGUGAAGUUUUUGUUGAAGCCAUUGAUAUUAAAAAAGAUGAAGCUAGGUACAAGAUUGUGAACUCCAUUAACCUGUUUGAAGAAUCCAAGAAAAAUGAGGAAGAUGAGUUGCAUACAAGCUUCAGAAAGAAGGUUACAUUUGACCUAAACAUAUCGAUAAAUCAAGUUUGUGCAAAUUACUCGGAGAUCAGUCCGAGCAAUUUGCAGAAACAAAACGGAGAAGAAAAAGAAGAAGCGAACGAGCUUUCGAAUUCAAGUGUGUCAAGCUAUAUAUCUUAUCCUCCAAACCAUAGAUAUCAUUGCUGCAGAAAUAGUACUGCUGAUGAAUUCGAUGAUAUUGAUCUCGACGAUAAUGAGGAUGUUGAAUGUCCUCUUAAUGGACUAAUGUUUCAAGAAGAGUCGUCAUCUAACGAAUCAUUAUUUUCGCUCUCCAUAGACUCUACUAGGAGAGGAAAUAAUCAUACAAUAGAAAUAGAUGAAAAUAUGGAGGUCAAUAGUCCAUUGAAUCCAACACGAAAUCUGAGUCUACUGAAAGAUACUGGCGUUACAACAACAACGUCUCCAUCACUGUUGAAGACGAUGAAUCAACAAGAGAAGAACGUUGAUGUGAAUAUCCUAGAUUAUUGUAUCACGUAUGAUCAACGCGUACAAAAAGAGUCUAAUUUGAAGUGCCAGGAGAAUGAAGUAGUCGCAGUUGAUACCAGUCUUUCGAGUCAACUGAAAGACACAGGCAUUACAACAACGUCUCCCUCACUGUUCAAGACGAUGAAUCAACAAGAGAAGGAGAACAUUGAUGUGAAUAUCCUAGAUUAUUGUAUCACAUAUGAUCAAUGCGUACAAAAAGAGUCUAGUUUGAAGUGCCAGGAGAAUGAAGUAGUCGCGGUUGAUACCAGUCUUUCGAGCUGGUUAGUCCAAUCUUCUCAAGACGACACGCCAAAUUCCAGAAACAGCGGUGGUUCUGUCGGAAAUUUGCCUGUCGAUAGACCAAUUUUGGGAGCAUUGAGACUCGAAGAGUUAAAAGAUGAAAAGAACAGUGCAAUAGGGACUAUUGGAAGCUAUUUGAGACAUACAGGACAGCAGGCUACUGGCAUUUCAUCUUACUGAGGCGUUUCGUCGAGGAAAAUAGCAUGCGCGCUCCCAAGAGGAGGCGCGUUUCAUGUGUUAUGUUAAGUUUGUAUUGUUAUUUCAUAUUUAACUGUAAAAUAGUUUUAUAGAUAGUCUAAUAUAACAUAUUUGCUUACAUGAAAUUUACCUUUUAACUUAGGUACCAAUGCUAUUGUCCCUUGUUUUUUUCGUUUUCCCGCCCGAUGUCACGUACCUGUUUUAUGCACGACUAAUUUGAAUUUGCACAAAAAAUUUGUGAGUCUGUCGAGAUAUAUAAUUAGCUCUUGAUACAUUUUUUUUUUA